GACAAGGCCAAGCCUGCAACGCUGGCGUCGCUCAUGCCCCUGAUCCAUUCCACUGAGGCGGUCCAGCUGAGGGCCGAUUGCGCGAAGGCGAAGUGCGUCCAGAACAUCAGAACGACGGACGUCCACGUUGCAGGAAUAAGUUGUCGCCCGUUCGCGCCUUGCGGUCAGCAGCAAGGAACGUCUUCUUGGGAGAUGUCGGCGCUUGGAGCUUGGGGCGCCCUCAUGAUCAAGCUGGAGCCGAAGACCAUCGUCGUGGAACAAAGCCACAGGUUCAACGUGAGCAUUCUCCAAGAAAUCUUCCAGGGCCGGUACCUGUGGCAAGUCAUGAUCUUGAACGGCACAGACUUUGGUAUGAAGAUCCGUCGCAAGCGAUUCUACGCCGUCGGUCACCAUGUCGAGAAAGUUGGGGGAGCCAUCUGCAAAAUGGAUAACAUACUGCCGCUCUUGUACCGCGAAGUGAAGGACGGCCAGAACUUCACGUACCGGGACUACAUGAUCGCGAGCAUCAUGCCAGAGUUUCACCAUGAGAUCGACGACGAGCUCGAGUGGGCUAUCAGCAGGCCCAAGAGCAGGGCCAAGGGAACACCGCUAUCGGAAGUGAAGCAGAGGACUCGUCCCUUCGACUCCGCCCUCACCGAGGUUGAGAUGGACAACCUGAUCAAGUACGAGAUGGCCACCAUGCAGGGGUCUCCCUGCAACAUCGUUCAGAGCUUCGACAGCAGGCCUUCCUACGGCACGGUUGACACCAUGCACACCAUUAUUGCGAAUCCAGGGAUUCACUUUUGCACUUCAAUUUCUGUGAGGCGCUGGUUCACUCCGAGUGAGCUCAUGGUCGCCCAGGGCAUCCCCAUCCACCGUACGUUCGCGAACCCGAGGGGCCGCAACUACACGACUACACCGUACCUGAUUCCAGCGAACCGUAAGAGGGCUAAG